AUGCGGCUGACAAUAGAAUUGAUUCUCCAGGCCCCUCAAUACAAAUCUCCAGCCGAGAACUGGACACUCAACCUCAGAGGGCACCAGUUGGAGGUCAUAGAGAAUCUGGGGGCUACGGGCGAUUAUUUCGAGUGUAUAGAUCUCAGCGACAAUCAAAUAAUUAAAUUAGAUGGGUUUCCUCCUCUCAGCCGCCUUAACUCUCUUAUUUUAUGCAACAAUCGAGUUGCGCGCAUUUCGCCGGAUUUGAUUUCAUUUCUGCCGAACCUCGAGUCGCUCGUUCUAACCAACAACAGAGGUUUGAAACGAAAGGUGACUGACUGUUCUCUGGAUAGAACGUCUCUGUGA